AUGCCCAUCACCACCAAAUCCGUAUGUGUGAUUGGAGCUGGUGCAGCGGGUUUGGCCGCCGCGCGGCACAGUCUGAAAGCCGGUCUGGAUGUUCGGAUUUUUGAGCAAACUGCACAAAUUGGAGGAACUUGGGUUUAUUCGGAGGAAAAAGGAUGUCAUUCGAGUAUGUAUUAUGAGAUGAAGUGAGUUGAAGGCACACGAGCGGCUUUAGGGGUACUGUAUGCACCUUUUAGAAUAGCUACAGCAAUUUAAAGGCACAUACAGUACCCCAGGGACACACACUCGCUCCGCUCGAACCGCUUCCGCGGAAUCUUGACUUACACUCGCGCCUAAAGCGCUCGAGGUACUGUACUUCCUUCGAGCGCCUCUGGCGCGAGUGUAGAUCAAGAUUCCGCGCAAGCGGUUCGAGCGGAGCGAGUGUAUGUCCCUUUAGAUUACUGUAGCUAAGUUUAAAGGCUCAUACAGUACUCCGAGGGACAUACACUCGCUCCGCUCGAACCGCUUGCGCGGAAUUUUGAUCUACACUCGCGCCACAGGCGCUCGGAAGAAGUACAGUACCCCGAGCGCCUGUGGCGCGAGUGUAGAUCAAAUUUCCGCGUAAGCGGCUCGAGCGGAGCGAGUGUAUGCCCCUUUAGAAUACUGUAGUUAUAUUUAAAGGAACAUACAGUACCUCAACUUUCAUAAUGAGAUUCGGUAAUUUUUUAUGUAAUUUUUCAGCAAACUCGCUAAUUCAGAACCCAAAUUUUUUUCAAAAAAUCUCAAAAAAAAAAACUCACAUUUCGUCCAGUUUUCCUCUUUGAAUCAUUUCCGACCAAAAUUUUCCUCAUUAUCUAAUUUUUCCGAUAUUUUCACCAUUUCUCUGACGAUUUUCCUGUAACCAAAUCUAUAUAAAGUAAACCAAAAGUACAUUUUUCCAUAAAAUAGCUUUUUUAGCAACAAGUUUUUGUAUAAAACUAUCAAAAAUCAACUAAAAUUAUGUUAUUUGUACUAGAAAAAGAGAAAAAUAUGAAUUUAACAACAAGUUUCAUUCAAAUUCAUGAAAAAACAACAAAAAAUACGCGAAUCAAACAUUUUCGAAAAAUAAAAACAAGAAAAUAAAAGUAGAAAUGGAAGUGCGCCCCAUUGAUAAAAAUUGAAUUUCGCGCACUCUCGCAAAAAUUUGUUUUUUUCUCUGCACUCUCUUCAAAUAAUACAUAGGCGCUGCUCAUUUUCAAGUGUCCCUUUUCUUCUUUUCGUAUUAAGGUUGUACUCCGAGCGCCGUUGGCGCGAGUUUAGCACAAGAAACCGCGCAAGCGGCUCGAGCGGAGCGAGUGUAUGUCCCUUUAAAUGCCUAGGGAAGUGCUGUAGCUACAUUUAAAGGCACAUACAGUACCCCAGGGACAUACACUCGCUCCGCUCGAACCGCUUUCGCGGAUUCUUGUUCUACACUCGCGCCACAGGCGCUCGAAAUCACUGUAUGUCCCUUUAAACCCCUCCUGUUUUUCUCUAGAACCAAUCUACCAAAAGAAGUGAUGGCAUACCGUGAUUUUCCGUUCGAUUCUUCUCUUCCCUCAUUUUUGGAUCAUCGAGAUGUUUUGGAAUAUUUACAAAAAUAUUCGGAUGGAUUAUCGAUUGAUUUUAACACAACUGUUGAAAGUGUGACUAGGAUUGAGGAAGAGGAGAAGUGGAAGGUGAGGAAAAGGGGCUUAGGGGGCUUGGGGGACCUUUGGGAGGCUUCUGGAGGCUUUUGGAGGCUUCUGGAGGCUUCUGGAGGCUUUAGGAAGCUUCAAAAUCCAAAAAAAUAACCCCGAAAAUUAUACGUUUCAAAAAAUUCCCAUAUUUAUUUUCUCAGAUAAUUGUUCAAAAUGGUUUGGGAACUUUCGAUUAUUAUUUCGAUAUUGUUUUUGUUUGCAAUGGUCACUACUUCAGGCCCAAUAAUCCAUAUGAGAAUUCGGAAUUUGAAGGUGAGAUUUGGGCUCAUUUUGUAGAGAAUUUCAAGAGCUUCAAAAUGAGCUAUAUUUUGCCUAUAAAAUUUUGAGAAUUGAUCAAAUGCGCUCCAGUGAUAACCCAUUUUUCAGGAAAUUUAAUCCAUAGUCAUGACUAUCGCCACGCGGAAGAGUUCUCGAAUCAAAAAGUGAUAAUAAUCGGUGCGGGACCAUCAGGAAUUGAUAUUGGACUACAAAUCGCAAAAACAGCCAAAGAAAUUCAUUUGAUCUCGAAAAAAGCCGUCUAUAAUUCACUUCCCGAAAAUAUUCAACAAACUUCGGAACACGUGGAAAAAGUGACGAAAUCAGGAGUGAAAACAGUUUCGGGCCAAGAAUUUGAAGCGGAUUCGAUUAUUGUUUGUACAGGUUAUCAUUAUCAGGUAGGAAUCGAGGGGAUUUUUGGGGAUUUGUGUUAAAAAUUGAAAAUUUUGAAUUUUUCUCUGCGUCUCUCAAAAUAAUGCAUAGGCGCUGCUAAGCUCCGCCCCUUUUUGAAAAUAAGCAGCGCCUAUGUAUUAUUUUGAGAGAGCGCAGAGAAAAAUAAGCAGCGCCUAAAUUUCUUCAAUGAAAAAGUGGGCGCUGCUUAUUUUUCUCUGCGCUCUCUCAAAAUAAUGCAUAGGCGCUGCUAAGCUCCGCCCCUUUUUGAAAAUAAGCAGCGCCUAUGUAUUAUUUUGAGAGAGCGCAGAGAAAAAUAAGCAGCGCCCACUUUUUCAUUGAAGAAAUUGGGGCGCGGCUUAUUUUUCUCUGCGCUCUCUCAAAAUAAUGCAUAGGCGCUGCUAAGCUCCGCCCACUUUUUGGAAAAUAAGCAGCGCCUAUGCAUUAUUUUGAGAGAGCGCAGAGAAAAAUAAGCAGCGCCCACUUUUUCAUUGAAGAAAUUGGGGCGCUGCUUAUUUUUCUCUGCGCUCUCUCAAAAUAAUACAUAGGCGCUGCUUAUUUUUAGACUUCUCAAAAUAAUUUCAGAGCCCUUCCAAAGCUUCCUAAAGCUAAAAUUUUCCAGUUUCCAUUCUUCGACUCUACCGUAGUCCGCCUCUUGGAAGAUGCUCACGUAGUUUCGCCAAUUUUCGAGCACGUUGUCCAUGUGGAUUAUCCGAAAUCACUUUUUUUCAUCGGCUUGAAUUUAGUGACAAUCACUUUUCCCCUUUUUGAAUAUCAGGUUCAAUUAGGAUUAGCUUUUGCGCUAGGAAAAAGCUGAAAUUCCAGCGAGAGAAGAAUUGGAAGGAUAUGAGGAGAGACAGAUGAGGUAAGACUGAACCUUGUUAGAUGGCCUAGAAAUCCAAAUCUAUAUUUUUGCAGCCAUCAAUCAUCCCGCGGUCUUGCCAAACGUUUUUAUCAUCUUCUUCAACAUGAUCAAUGGUCAUAUUUAGAUAGAAUAUCCAAGUUAGGCCAAUUCGAAUCGUGGAAAUAUAUGAAAACAAUUGAAAAAAUCACCGAAUAUUUGCAAGAUCGAAGGAAAUUGGAUGUGAAAAAUUAUAAGAUGAUCAAUUUUCGAUUUUUGGAUGAAGAACAAUUGGAAUAUGAGAUUAUUGAGGAGGAAAAUCAAUAA